AGCUCAUUUCCCAAUUGAACGUCUUUUGACUACUUCUGUUCACCAGCCAACCACCAUGGCCAUGACCGUGCUGCCCAGCUUUCAGACCUUCUUGCAGAAUUCGGCCACGCCACAGCCACCGUCGCCGCUUUUGAGCAGCGAAUCACGCCCACAGAGCCCCAACUACUCGCCCUACGGUUGGCACCAGGCCGCCGCCAUCAGCAGCGGUAUGCAGCUUCCCUACUACAACUAUAACUACCAGCACAGCCUCUCGCCAGCUUCCAGCUCCUGCUCCGAGACCGAGGAAGAGGACAUGUCACCCAGUCGCCGCACGGGCUUCAAGCGCCCGCUGCCUGGCGUGGGUCUCAACGCUUCGCCACUAUCAUCUCCCACCACGGUAGCCAAGCGUGCGAAGAAGAAAUACCUCAAGGAGCGCGAGCGCUGCGAGAUUGUGCGGCGUGUGCGCGCUGGAGAGAAACAAGCCCACCUCGCCAAGGAGUUCGGCGUCUCGCGUGCCGCUGUGUGCUACCUGCUCAAGCACCAGAUGGAGAUCAUGCGACGCUCGUCGCAGCACCUCUGAGUGUCGAAGGCAAGGAUUAUUAUUAUUUUAUUGAUAGCUAGGAGUGUCAAUACAUUUUUGUGAAGCAUCCAUUAGCUUUCCUGCAACACUUCCAGGCGUUACAGCCCAACGAC